AUUCCAUUCCCGCCGCAUCGACCAGGCGGCUUCUGUUGACCACCCGAAACAGGCCUCAACUGUCUCUUUGCUAGGCCGAACCUGAGCUUGGAUCCAUUCUCUCCGCCGCAAUCGUCACUCGCUUCAUUCAACAACAUGCGCCAGAACCCUUGCUGGUAGCUGGCUUCCACUCUACAUUCACUUCCUAGGAACGAACAGGCACCGCAAUGGACUCCACGACAUCCAACUCCGAUGGCGCACCCCGCUACUCGCACGACUCGCUCUCCUCCGUCUCGACCACGAGCCUCGUCUUUGAUCGAUUGCAUGAGAAGUCCGAGAAGGAUUCUGAGAAGCACAAUGAUUCCCGAGCCCUCGAUGACGAUGAUCCGAUGAGAGAGGACGCCGACGAUCUCGAAACCGGGCCCUUUCUCGGACCUGGCGCUGCUCUCCAUCGCAAGCCGAUGGAUAAGGGCCUGCGGCGCCUUCUCAUCAUCGUUGCUGUCGUCUUCGUCGGCGGAUGGUUCGCCGGCCUGGGCAUCUUCGUUGCAAAGGGUUCAUACCAUCACGAGAGCGACACCGAGCACGACCCCGAUGCCGACUCGCGAGGCUCCGGCAAGUCUCUCCAGAUGGACCAGCUCUUCAACGGUUUCUGGACUCCCAGCUCCCACAGCGUCAGUUGGCUUGCUGGCCCGGACGGUGAAGAUGGUCUGAUGCUCGAAGUAGCCGCCCCCGGAAAGGACUACAUGGUUGUUGAGGAUGUUCGCACACAGAAAGACACCAUGACCACUGGAGAUGCGAGCACAACGAUUAACAAGGCACGCACCCUCAUGCAACAACCCUACUUUCAGUACGGUGGCAAACAAUAUACUCCUGCCUGGACUGGGCCCAGUCCCGAUCUCACUAAAGUCCUGAUUGGCAUCAAUCGAGAGAAGAACUGGCGCCACUCCUUCACUGCCACAUACUUCAUCUUUGACGUCGAGUCUCAGACCGCCGAGCCUCUGGUCCCUCUCGAUGUCGAUGCCAAGGUGCAGCUGGCUAGCUGGAGUCCCCAAAGUGAUGCCGUCUCUUUCACCCAGGAAAACAACCUUUACAUCCGACGCCUAACUGGCAAAAAGGAUGUCGUGCAAGUCACGUCGGAUGGUGGUCCAGAGUACUUCUACGGAAUCCCUGACUGGGUUUAUGAGGAAGAGGUAUUUGGCGAUCGCAGCGCCACCUGGUGGUCCGAGGACGGCAAGUACGUGUCCUUCCUCCGGACCAACGAGACGGGCGUCCCCGAGUAUCCCGUCCAGUUCUUUGUAAAUCGCCCCAGCGGCAAGGAGCCCGCCGAGGGCGAGGAGAAUUACCCCGAGGUUCAACAGAUCAAAUACCCCAAGGCCGGUGCUCACAACCCUGUCGUCGACCUGCAGUUCUACGAUGUUGAGAAGGGAGACGUCUUCUCCGUCGCGGUCGAGGACGCCUUCAAAGAUGAUAACCGCAUCAUCAACAACAUCAUGUGGACCGGCGACAAGGUCAUCGUUAAGGAGACGAAUCGCGUCAGUGAUAUUCUCAAGGUUGUCCUCAUAGACCUCAAGACUCGCAAGUCCAAGACGCUAAACACCAUCAACGUUGACGAGAUUGAUGGUGGCUGGUUUGAGAUUUCCCACAAGAUGACGUACAUCCCUGCCGAUGCAGCCAAGGGCCGCGAGCAUGACGGCUAUGUCGACACCGUCAUCCACGAAGGCUACGAACACAUUGGAUACUUCACACCUCUCGACAACCCGGAUCCCAUCAUGCUCACCUCCGGCAAUUGGGAGGUCGAUGAUGCCCCAUCGGCUGUCGACCUCGUCAACAACCUCGUUUACUUCGUCGCCGCUAAGGAGUCAUCUAUCCAGCGCCACGUCUACUCUGUCAAGCUCGAUGGCACCGAUCUCAAGCCCCUGACUGACAUUUCCAAGGAAGCCUACUACGGCGCCUCUUUCUCGUCCGGAGCUGGCUUCGUCCUCCUCUCGUACCGCGGGCCCAAGGUCCCCUUCCAGAAGGUCGUCUCUACUCCCUCGAGCCCAGUCGCUUACAGCCACAUGCUCGAGGAGAACUGGGAGCUGUCCGAACGCGCCCGCCGACAUGAGCUCCCCAUCCUCAAGUACGGCACUCUAGACCUCGGUAACGGUGUCGAGGUCAACUAUGUCGAGCGCCGGCCAACGCACUUCACCGAGCGGAAGAAGUAUCCCGUUUUGUUCCAGCAGUACUCAGGCCCCGGUUCCCAGUCCGUGACCAAGAAGUUUGCCGUCGACUUCCAGGCCUACAUCGCCGGUGCUCUUGGUUACAUCGUCGUGACCGUUGACCCGCGCGGAACUGGCUUCAAGGGACGCAAAUUCCGCGUUGGUGUCCGGAACCAGCUCGGCGUCCUGGAAGCACAAGACCACAUCGCUGCAGCCGCCGCAUUCGCCUCCCGCUCCUACGUCGAUGCCGAACGCCUCGCCAUCUGGGGCUGGUCUUACGGUGGCUUCGAGACGCUCAAGACGCUUGAGCAGGACGCCGGUCGCACCUUUUCGUACGGCAUGGCCGUCGCCCCCGUCACCGACUGGCGCUUCUAUGAUAGUAUCUACACGGAGCGAUAUAUGCGGACCCCCCAGGAGAACCCAGAUGGCUACGACGCCUCCCGAAUCUCCAACGCCACCGCCCUCGGCUCCAACAAGCGCUUCCUCCUCAUGCACGGCGUCGCCGACGACAAUGUCCACUUCCAGAAUUCGCUCACUCUCCUCGACGAGCUCGAUCUCGCUGGCGUCGAGAACUAUGAUGUCCACGUCUUCCCUGACAGUGACCACAGCAUCUACUUCCACGGCGCCAACCGCAUCGUCUAUGACAAAUUGCGAAAUUGGCUCAUCAACGCCUUCAAUGGCGAGUGGCUGAAGAUCACAGAUCCCAAGCCCAACACUGAUAAGGAGAAGCGUGAGGCUUUUGAGGGAAGGAUGGCUUAGGUGUACGGGUAGACGGACGGCGUGUUUUUAUUAUGUUUCAUUUCGAACCCUCGGUUCUCAACUAUCCAGCUCAGGAUAAACCACUUGGAUAUAAUGCCAUAGUCAUUGGGAGUUUUGCAAAUGGGAAUCACGGCGUUCUGAGUUAAACAAAUAGGU